UCCACCAACCCUUUAUCACAGACAGAGAUUAGGCGCCGUGGUUACGAUCUGACUGGUCCCGUUCCUGGUGGCAUUACCCUUUUUAUGGCUAUAACAAGUUUGUGUGUUUAUCACCCAGUUCUCCGAUAUGCUAAGAGCAGCUAACUCAUCGGUGGACAUCAGCUGCAGCCAUCUCUGUCUAAAAUAUCAGUUCAACUUCCUGACCUCCAGCUGAAUCUCAACCUGCAUCUUGCACAAUAAGGGCUCGCUAGAACCCGCCACCUUGCGAAGUGAUUGUCGCCGAGAGGGCAUCAGAAGGCAUUUGUGGUUGGGCAUAUAUCUUAGAGCGGCGCCAUGGAUGCCACGGCCUACAGGUAUAGGCCACCAAAGCCAAACUAUCUUCCACACGACAUUGAAGUCGAUCAUCCCGUUGUGGAGGACUACACCCUCCCGCUCGGCACGGCCAAUGACCGCGAAAAUGCAAUCUUCUUCAACAAAAUGAAGUUCGCGGCCCAGGAGUACGGCAUCGUCCGGCCCAAGGGCUACACAGUCUCAUACCACGCCACACCCGAGAUGGAGAAGCAUCACUUCGGCCUGACACAUCCCAUGAAGCCCUGGCGCUUGACGUUAACUAAAAGCUUGGUUACAUCAUACGGCAUGCCAUUUGCCAUGGACAACUAUCUCACACGGGAGGCCACGUACGAGGAGCUGAGCGCGUUCCAUUCGAACGACUACCUCGACUAUCUGAUCACGGCGGAGCCAGAAGACCAGCCGCGGGACAUUGACAACCCCGACAAGGAAGUUAAGUUCAACCUCGGCGGAAGUGACUGUCCGCUCUUCCACGGGCUCUACGACUAUUGCUCCAUGUCAGCAGGCAGCUCAUUAGACGCCGCGCGCAAGAUAUGCAGUAAGCAGUCCGACAUUGCCAUCGCCUGGGGCGGUGGGCUGCAUCACGCCAAGAAGUCUGAGGCAUCAGGCUUCUGCUACAUCAACGACAUCGUGCUCGCCAUCCUGCAGCUUCUGCGCUUCUAUCCCCGCGUGUUGUACAUUGACAUCGACGUCCAUCACGGCGAUGGCGUCGAGGAAGCCUUCUUUUCGACGGACCGUGUCAUGACCGUUUCGUUUCACAAAUACCAACCGGAACACUUCUUCCCGGGCACGGGCGGGCUCGAGGAUAACGGGCCCAAAAAUGAGCACAACCCUGGGGCGCACCAUGCGAUAAACGUGCCGCUGCAGGACGGCAUCACCGAUGAGCAGUACGAAGCCCUGUUCAAGAACGUCAUUGGCGCCAUCAACGAGCGCUACCGGCCCAGCGCCAUUGCCCUUCAGUGCGGAGCCGACUCAUUGGCGGGGGAUCGUUUGGGCCGGUUCAACCUUCGGGUACAAGGCCACGGCGCCUGUGUCAGGUAUUGCAAGAGCCUAGGCCUACCCAUGAUUAUGUUUGGAGGCGGCGGGUACACCCCUAGAAACGUGGCCCGCGCAUGGGCCUACGAGACGUCAAUCGCCAUUGGCGCCGACACGCACAUUCCCGAGACGAUACCGGAGCAUGCGCCCUGGCGUGGCCACUUCAUCCACGACACGCUGUUCCCGUCGCUCGAGCAGAGCAUGAACGAGCCACGCCAUAAUCGCAACUCUGAAAAACGGUUGCGGGAGAUCGUCACACAUGUUCACGAGCAGCUGCGGUUUGUCUCACACGCGCCGAGCGUGCAGAGUCAAAGAAUUCCGUCGGAUCUAGAGGCCAUCAGGGAUGAGGUUGAAGCGCGGUUAAAGGAGGAGCAAGAAGAGAAGAGUGAUGGGUUACGGACAAUAAGAGAGGAAGGCGUCGGGCAGGCUCUGGAGUUUUGAGUUGAUGUUGGGUGUAUAAGCGGCAUAGGAAACUAGCGGUAUUGAUCAGUGGCCAAUAUCAUAUGCUGAUUGUGAGGGAAACCAGCGUAUGUACAUGGAGGAUUCGAGACGAGAAACGGGCGCCAAGCCCGAUAGUAUGGGUCUUCGGCUCUGGGGACUCCUUCGUAGUGGGCCUGGCCGGGCCGUCCAUGAACGCGGCAAGCAGCGGGCCAGGCCGAGAACUCGGGACGGAUCACAGGGGCAAUCAUAGAUCUAACAUCCUCAUUUUUUCA